AUGGGAGAUGUAAUGAAUACGGACUCAGCUGAAUAUAAAAAGGAUUUAGAUGAUGACUUCAGCGUACCCCAAUCAAUUAAAUCAUAUUCUAGGAAAGCGAUCACUUUAAUAGCGAUAAUCGUUUGCUUUUUAUCCGUCACUGUUUGUCUAGCAGUCUUUUUGCCUGUAAUUUUCUGCGUUAUCAUUCCUACCGCAAGAAGCCAAGGUGAACAUUUGGCUACAAGGGAAAACUUUUCAUUACCCGUUUCUAGGACUAGCAAUGAAAGCAACAUUACAAUUAAUCAAAUUCCGGAAUACGCAAAGCGAUCAUUGUUAGAUCCUGGCACAUGGUUGGAUACAACGGAUUUCAAUACUACGUUUACCAGUGAAACGGUUGGAAACCUUAGUAUCAUGGGACUUAAUGAUACUUAUGAUGAUUCGGUUCAAGCAAAUCCAACAGUUCCUCCUUUAAACCAACCUUUUCCGUAUGGUCAAAUACCAAUUCGUGGCGUUAACCUGGGUGGUUGGCUUUCAAUUGAGCCAUUUAUUACUCCUUCUUUCUUUAAAGUCAAAAAUGGAACGCACUAUAUAUUACGCGAUGAGUUAAGUUUACACCAAUAUCUUCGAGAAAACGCAACAAGAGUUAUAGAAGAGCAUUACAGUACGUUUGUAACAAAAAGGACACUUGAGGAAGUUCGCGAAGCUGGACUAGAUCAUGUACGUAUCACAUUUCCUUUUUGGAUUCUGGAAAAGGAUAUGAAUGUAACAAGUGCUUCUGGGAUUGGUUGGCGUUAUUUAUUGAGAGCCAUAGAAUGGGCUCGUUCUCAAGGUUUACGUGUUAACUUGGACCUUCAUGCAGCUCCAGGAAACCAGAAUUCUUGGAAUCAUGGUGGUUACCUGGGUCAGUUAAAUUGGCUUUCUGGACCCGAAGGAAAACAAAAUGCUAAUCGUACUUUAAAGAUACAUGAGCAACUAUCAGCCUUCUUUUCUCAGGAUAGAUACAGGAAUGUCGUCACUAUUUACGGAUUACUGAACGAGCCAAAUUCUUUUGUGACGGAUCCUAAGUUAAUAACUGAUUGGCAUAAAAAAGCGUACAAAAUUGUUAGAUCUACUCAUCCCAGCACUUUGAUAUCUAUAAGUGACGGCUUUCGGGGACCAGGUAAUUGGGAAAAAGAGUUUGAUGCCUUCCAUUUUCCGAAUGUGCUCAUUGAUGCACAUAGGUACACAAUUUUCAAUGAUUACCUUAUUGCCUUAUCGUAUAAGGAUAAGCUUGACAUUAUUUGUAACUCAUGGAGAGAGGAGGUUGAACAGAAAGCAAAGCUUCCAACAAUAGUCGGCGAAUGGAGUUUGGCUGAUACUGAUUGUGCUGAGUUUCUGAACAACGUGGGAGAGGGCGCGAGAUGGGAUGGAACAUUUUCGCCAAAUGGAUAUGCUCAAUGCUGUCCUCUUCAAAGAAAUUGCACUUGUUCCUUUGCUAACGAUGAUCCUGCUAAUUAUAAAAAAGAGUAUCGUAAGUUACUUUAUAACUUCGCUACUGCCCAAAUUGAAACUUUCGACAGAACGUGGGGUUGGUUCUAUUGGAAUUGGGAUACGCAGAAUGCUACACAAUGGAGUUAUAAAAAGUCUCGAGCGGAAGGAUUAUUGCCUAAGUUGGCGUACUCAACUGAAAGAACAUUCAAUUGCAGUAUGUUGAGUACUUUUUAA